UAAGUCCAAAAGUCAUCAUAACAAAAACAGAAAAAAAAACUACUCUGCCUUGUUCUACCUUUGUACAUUUUCCUAUUUGAAGAAAUAAUAUAGUUAGACAAUUAUUGGGGUUGCUUCAUUUUGCAAAAGAAAAAAAAAUCUUUUUGAGUUUUGAAGUAAAGGGGCAAUUUUUUUUUCUUUGCUUUAUAUGGUUAUUAAUUUCCUCAAGAAGAUAAAAAAACUGGAUCUUGAAUUAGUGGUGAAUAGAAGUUGAUAGUUAAUUUUCAGGUAGUUAAGAUUUUGGUACACUUUUCACGGGAAAACUGGGAUUAUCACAGGGAAAAAGCAACAAUUUUCAACUGUCUGAAGUUAUUGCAGCUCAAGUUUCUGUGGUUUUGUUUCUGUUAGAAAUUUUGUGUUGUCAGUAUAAAACUAAAGGCUUUAUGCUGUGUUUUAUCAGAGAAAAACACAAGUUUAUUGAUAUCCAAUAUUUUGUGUUCUUGAAAUGGAUCAUUCUGCAGCAGAUAAGGAUUUUAAAGCUGUUGAAGUUGUAAAGGAUAAGAAUGGAGUUGAUCAAGUUUUGCUUCGAAAUCGACGUGGCGCCUCUGUUCGAGUUAGCCUCCAUGGAGGACAGGUUCUAUCAUGGAAGACUGACCAGGGUGAAGAAUUACUUUUUAUAAGCAGCAAGGCAACUUUUAAGCCGCCAACAGCUGUGAGGGGAGGGAUUCCCAUUUGUUUUCCACAGUUUGGAAACCGGGGCUCCCUCGAGCAACAUGGAUUUGCCAGAAAUCGGAUGUGGGUCAUUGACGAUAGCCCUCCCCCACUGCACCCUAAUGAUUCCAAUGGAAAAACAUAUAUCGAUUUACUACUUAAAUCUACUGACGAUGAUCUUAAAAUCUGGCCUCAUGGUUUUGAAUUCCGCCUGAGAGUGACUUUGGCUGUUGAUGGAUGUCUUACCCUGAUAUCACGCAUCAGAAAUAUCAAUUGCAAGCCUUUUAGUUUCUCCAUUGCAUACCAUACGUAUUUUGCUGUCUCAGAUAUCAGUGAAGUGAGAGUGGAAGGCUUGGAGACUCUUGACUACCUUGACAACUUGUGCAACAGAGACCGUUUCACAGAGCAAGGAGAUGCCUUAACAUUUGAAUCCGAGGUGGAUCGAGUUUAUCUUAGUUCAAAUGAUGUGAUAGCAGUUUUCGAUCACGAGAAAAAGAGGACUUUUCAGAUAAGGAAGGACGGGCUUCCUGAUGUUGUUGUUUGGAAUCCAUGGGAGAAGAAAUCUAAAGCCAUAGCAGAUUUCGGAGAUGAAGAGUACAAGCAUAUGCUUUGUGUAGACGGAGCAGCAAUCGAGAAACCAAUCCCCUUGAAACCAGGUGAAGAAUGGACCGGAAGGUUGGAGCUGUCUGUCACACCUACAAGUUGAAGGAUCCGUGCACAACACGACCUAAUUAGUGAAUGUAUGACCUCCUUAAUAUUAACAGCGAAGUCGUACACUAAGAGCCAAUAUCAUUGUUUUUUUUAUCGGUGUCAAUUAGUAGUACUUAGAUGAUUGAUUGAUGUUUAAGAGUUACAUGUAAUGGAAGUGGGGAAAAGUCCUUUUUAAUGUUUCCCCAAACUGUUGUAAUGUGAAUGACUUUGUUAUGCAGAAAUGAAUCACCUGAUGCUGUGUUCUCCAUUAUAUAUGUAG